AUGCCGCCACAACAAAGGCAGCAGGAGCUGCUGGCGCUGCUCUCCGCGAUUCCUCCCGCGCUCCUCGGCGCCGCGGCCGCCGCCACGGACGCGGACCACGGCUUGCCGGCGGUGCACUCCUCUUCACCAGCGCUCGCCGAGGCGCUGCUGAUCGCACCGCUGCGCAGCGGUCUCGGAUCGGCGCCUCCUCCGUUCAUCACGCUCGAGGCGGCGGUGGCGCUCCUCUCGCUGCUCGAGCCUGAGGGCCGAAGCCAGCUCCUGGCCAUUGCUCGAGGGUUGCACCGGCCGCCGUCUCCGCUGCUGAGCCGGGCGCUUCCGCGCGGCCCGUCGCUGCGGGUGCUGGUGACGGGCGCCACCGGCUUCCUCGGCGGCGCUGUGGCGCAGCUGCUGGCUGCGACGGGCGCCGAGGUGACCGCCACCGGCCGCGACGAGUCCAAGGCGCCCGCGUUGCUCGCCGUCGGCGCGGCUCGCUUUGUGCGCGCGGAGCUGUCGCUGCCCGAGGAGGCGGCGGGGCUGUGCGCGGGCCAGCACGCGGUGGUGCACUGCGCCGCGCUCUGCGGCACCUGGCCGCCUGUGGUGGCCGAGGCGUGGGGCGGCGCGGCGCACACGGCUGCCAACGUGGACGCGACUGCAAACCUGCUCGCCGGCUGCGCCGCGGCGGGCGUGGCUCGGUUCGUGCACGUGUCGACGCCGUCGCUGUACGUCUCCAACGGCCGCGGCUCGCUCGCCGAGGAGUGCGGCGUGGGCGGCAUACCCGAAUGGGCCGUGCCGCCGCGCCACCUCGCCCAGCCGAGUUGCUACGCCGCCUCGAAGCUGCAAGCCGAGCGGCUGGUGCAGGCGGCGGCGGGCGGAGGCGGGGCGGGCAGAGGCGGGGCGGGCGGAGGCGGGGCGGGAGGCGACGCGGCGGUCUCGGCCGGUCUUGUGACGGUGGUGCUGCGUCCGCGCGCCAUCUUCGGCGUGGGGGACCAGCACCUCCUCCCGCGCCUCCUCGCCUCGCUGCGGGCCGGCCGGCUCCCCGUCACUUCGCCUAGAUGCCGGUCACGUCUCCUGGUCAUCGACCCGCACGCGGUCCGAAACGUCUCGCACGCCUGCGCACUCGCGCUGCGUGCGCCCGCCGCUGCCGUCGCCGGCCGAACCUUCAACAUCACUAACGACGAGCCCAUCUUGUUGUGGGGUCUGAUGCGCCGCCUGACCGACGAGCUCGGCCUGCCGCGCCCGUGGCUGAGGCUCCCCUUCCCCUCCGCCGACGCGGCCGCGCGCCUCUCCGAGCCCGCCGUGCUCGCGCUGCAGCGGCUCCGCCUGCUUCGCCGCGACUUCGAGCCAAAGCUGAGCCGGUACGCAGUCGCCGCGAUCGGCCGCACCACCGUCCUCGACGUGUCGGCCGCGCGGCAGGCGCUCGGGUACGCCCCGGUCACCUCGACGCAGGAGACGCUCUCGGAGGUGAUUGCGGCGCACGCAGCCAUACCCCCGGCCACCAUCCGCCGGCCGGGCGCGCGCCGCGCCGUCUUCUCCCAGGCCGCCUUCGCCGCCGCCUUCCUCGCCGCCGCCGCCGCCGCCGAGGCAUGGCCGAGCCGAGGCGCUCGCCACCUCGCCGCCCUCGCCGCAGCUCUCGCGCUCCUCGCCUUUGCGACUCGCGCCGCAGCCGACACGGCGCCGCAGCGGCACCGGCGCCGCGCCGCGGCGAGGGCUCUCUCCCGCGGCGUGACGCCCGGCACGCCUCGCGGGCUCGCGUCGCCGCCCAGCUGUGGCCGAGGUGUGAGGCACGAGUCCCCACUCGGCUGGACAGCCUCGUCCUCGCCCGCCUCGACCGCGGGCUCCCUCUGCGCUUCCCCCCUCGACAGCCCGACGUCGGCGGCCGCGCCGCUGCACUUUGGGCUCCCGCAGCCUGCCCUCGGCGCCGGAAGCGAAGGGCGGCAGCACCGCCUCCGUUCGCCCCUCGCCCCUCUGCUCGAUGCCGCCGCCACCGCGGCCGGCGAUGCCGCCGCCGCCCCCGCCGCUGCCGCCCCUGACGCCGCCGCCGCCGCCGCCGCCGCCGCCGCCGCCGCCGCCGCGUCUGGGGGAGAGCAGGAGGAAGCCGCUCGCAGCGUGACUGGUGGACCGUCGCUGCGCGUUGAGACGGGCGAUGUCACCACCCCGCCCAGCACCUCCGCCGUCGCAUCGCCCGCCACCCCGACUGUGGUUUCCGCGUCGCUGGCGGAGGCGCUCGCCCGGUGGGCGGCCGAGGCGCCGCAGCGUGCGGCGCUCGUGCACACGCGCGACGACUUUCCCCGCCGCGGAGUCGCUGCCGCCGCGGCUGCGUCCGCCGGCCUGGCCGCCACCGCUGCCGUCAUGGUGGUUUUCGCCGCCUCUUGGGCCCUGAUGUUGGCGGCGGCGACGGUGGCGGGGGCGACAGCGGCGGCAGCGGCCGUCGCCUUGCAGCGGAGUGAGGCGAGCAUACUGUUCGCGGCGCAGUUUGAGACCAUCCGCUACGGGGCGCUGCACGCCCACGUCUCGCGCUUGACCGCGACGCUCGCUGCGGCUGGCAGUGAGGAGGGGUCGCGCGUGCUGCUGCUGACGCCGCCGCCGACGGCUGCUGACACGGUCUCUUUGCUGGCGGCUUUGCGCGUCGGCGGGGCGACGCUGGUGAUUGGUCCAAGCGUGGGCUGCGCGGGGGGCGCGGCGCAUUGCACGGCGCGGCUGCGGCCGGAUCUCGUGGUUGCGUCGCGCGGUGCGUACAUUCGCUGGCGUCUCGCGCUCCUCUUUCGCCGUUGGACGAGGGGGGAGACCAGCGGGACCACGCCGCCGCUCCUGCCGAUCGACCGGCUUCCCGCCUUUGGCAGCGAGGAGGGCGGCAGCUAUCGGGCAAUGCCUCGGCAUGGCUUGCCCACGGCGCCUGCGAGCGGCGGCGCAGGGCAGCCCGGGCCAGUCGCGAUCGUCGCUGCGGCGACACGCGAGUCUGCGGCCCGCACAGUGUGCGACGACGCGGCGACAGAGGUGGCGUCGGCCGACGCGCUGCGCCGGCGCGCCGACGCCUACGGGCGUGCGCUCGCUUUGGCUUUGCCACGGUCGCGGCCGUUCGGGCUCAGCUCCGCUGUCGGUCCUUUCGGGAGGGACGCCGACCGCGCUCCAACAGCAGUCGGCGGCGCCGGAGCUUGGCGCUCCCUGCAUCUCGGCUCGCUGCACCUCGCCCUCGAUGACCUCCUGCUCGGGGGCACCGCCGUGCUGCACCCGCGCGCAACG